GUCGAGCAAUGGUCGGGCGUUUAGAUCGUUACAAAUCGAGUGUAAUUUUAGCAACGUGUACAGAGUUUUUACAGCAAAACAUCAUACAAUCAAAUCAAUCGUUGGCAGCACUAAUUGAAACGUAAAGGCGGCAAAUGGCCACUAAAGCCUCGAGCUAUGCAGGACAACAAUGUAGUGUGUCUACCACACGAACCACUGCGUAUUAGUUUAGAUACAAAACUGGCGAAAGAGAGCGGUGAUCUACCCGUUCAGUUUGCCAAGACAAGUCAAAUCUCGUCAGAGGCAAGCGUGAAAGACAUAUCGUCUCGACCUGAUGCCCAAACUUUGUACCAGAAAGUGGAACUUAAACUAGAUGGCCGACAGCAGACAUUCCUUAUGCCCAUGUCAGUGGUGAGCCAAUCUGUAGGCCUACCCCAGCCAACCAUGAGCCGAACCGUGCCCUUGACUCCACCGAAGGCCUUGCAGACAGCCCAGGGAGCGGCAAAAAUGCCGAACCCAGAGCCUGUUAUACCUGUCGUGGUCGAGCCUGACACUGAAAAUACUUUGCUCAAAUCAGAAGUAAACACUAACACAGUUGAUUCUAAGGAACAUUCACUGUCGACAAAAGGCUCUGUUUCUCCAAGACCCUUGCUGCCCAACCACAGUUUGUGUCAUGGGGAAACUGAUGGUUAUCGUAUCCUUCAACCUCUUAAGUCAAAACGAGGGCGUCCAAAAAAGAGCUUUUCUCCAGUUAAAAAAUACAAGCUAAUGAACGAAAAACGUCGUUGCCGUGUCCUCAAGCCAAAGUCUGAUAUAAAUUCCGACGAUUCAAAUAUUGGAACGAUUGGAUUGAACGGAGGUACUGGCUUCAAGAAUUCUUCACCAUUACAGCAGACUGGUCUAAGCUCGAAGCAAGCUGAUAAGGUUACAAACGGGGCAGUACCUUUUGGUUUUGUCAAUGUAAUGGAUUCAAGCUCGAAUGAAAAUCUUAAGACUGUUGAUAGUGUUACGAGCAAACCUCUUGACCAGGAGGAGCCCUUCCUAAAAAUUCAUUCCGUCUAUAGUCUUAGUACAGGACCUAAUGCUUGUGAUUUUAAUGAUGAUGCAAAGAUUCCAAACGAAAAGUUAAACGAGGUGUCAGAAUGUGACCAAAAAAAUGAAACUCUGUCUUGCGCUACCGAAAAAGUAAACGGAAAUAUAACUACCAAUCAAAGCGGUCAUAAUCCUCUGUCCGAAUCAGACAUUCCAAAGGAGAAGAAGUCUCGAUCUCUCUUUUCUGCGCUUUCCGAUCUAACAGAGUUGGAUACCAAUGAUUCCUCGCAUCUUGGAGAUGAUUUCUCUAUCAAUAGUGCGGACUGUUCUAAAACUGAAACAAUAACUUUGAAUAGCAAGAGUGAGGUUAGUGGGUGUUCGCACGUGGGGGAUUCAGAUCGGCCGGGCAAAGGCUCUAAUGGUGACUGUAGUGUUACAGCCAAGCUGACAAUGAACAAACAUGACAUUGCUAUUGCCAAUGAACAGCAGGAUGUAUGCGCCACUGGUGCUGUCUUGAAAUCCGUAGCAAAAUGUGAAAACCCGCCUUCUGAUUCGAACCUGGAGAAACCGGAAAUUGACAAAAGUGUCACUGAGCUUCCUGCCAACCUUAAGAAUGUAAAUCCAGACAUCAUUGCUUGUGCAGCCGGACUGAAAAACAUCCUAAGGGGUGUAUCGUUAGAGUCUAUUCAACAAGUGCCUGAAGAAAACUGUCCAUCUCCUGAUAAGACCAAACCGGAAAUUGUUCCUACUCCGUCUGUUUUGAAAAGUGAGGUGGAGGAAAUGGCUUUGAAAAGCAAGAAGGUCAAGGGGAGAUCCUUGGCUGAUGUAGUUCAAUCUUUAAGUGGUGGUACGUCGUUCAGUGAUAGUAAUCGUACUGGUAUUAGAGAAGUGAAUGGAGAGAAACAAUCGGACAUCGAGUUCGGUCAUGAUUUUAAUGGCGGGGCAGUGUGCGAUCUAUCGCCUGAAUUUGAUAGACAAUCGCCGGUAAUUCCGGCAGUUGACAGUUUGCUGACUAAGCCUGACAUUGUUACCGUACAUAAGCCAAUCAAAACACUAGCUCCAGCUGAACCAACUGAGCAGGUUGAUAAGAAAAUGGACAGUAUAUUGACCGAGUCUGACAAAAAAGGACUGGCUCCUGGUGUAGAGAUAGACCUGCAUGAUAAAACGGAUUUGAAACUGACACCUCAAAAAAAUGUCAAUGACGGCAUAAACGAGGUAUUUGAUGCUGUUUUGAGUGCCGAUACAUGUUUUGAUCUGGGUGACUUUGAUAGCCCAACGAAACUAUCAGCAUACGAAGCAUUGUCCGAUCCAGGUGAUCAUGAACUUGCUGACGUCAAUUCCGGGACUGAGGAUACAUGUGAACCUAGUCGUUCUGGUAUUGCGGACCUCACAAAGAACUUAAAACGUAUUCCUUUGCCGGUUGUAGAACAUGACAGGCUGCCAGCUGAGGAAGAACCAGCACAAUUAGAAGAAGGAAAAAUGUAUCCGCCAGAAAAUAUGUCUGAACUCUAUGAUGCUACCACAGAGGAAUUAGAUUGGAGUAAGGACUCAUCUGAUAGUUCCAUUGCCCCAGAGGAUUUUCGAAUUCUUCAACAUGCGUUUUCGAGCUAUGUUGCCCUAGAUGACAUCGGUGUAGCCCUUCAUGGUGCCAAAGUUAUCAACAUUGGCGAUUUGCCCUUAGAUGUGAAUCUACGAUUCAGACGUCCCAGCACUCUCGAUGGCUUGAAAUUGAGCAAUGAAAAUCCAGAGCGCAACCUUGCAGACAACGCCAGACGAAAACAAGAUAUCAGGGAAUGGAUUGAGACAACAAAAGCCGCCGACAAACCUGAUGAAUUUGAAUCUACAUCCAGCUCACCUCUGCCACCGGAACUUGAAAUUGAGCCAGCCACCAUGGACAGUGAUCCGACUCCAUUCUUUAAAGGUAUCAGUGAGACUCCACCUGAGAUUGAUCUUGUCGCCAACAAGAACGAUGGUCAUUCCUUUGUGAAGCAGAGUGCAAGAAAAACAUUUUCAGACCGUUCCAAAUUGACUUUAGUAAAGAAGAGAUGUGUGUCAAGGGGUGCUGAGAAUUUGUUAAAAACUGUAUCACAUUCAAACAAUAAUCGGGCUUCAGGCAGUGGUAAAAAGAAAAAAGGUUUGAAUCUUGCCAAGGAAGAAAGAAGAAUAAAGCACAUCAUGAGAAUGAGAGAAUACCGUCAAAAACAGAAGUUGAAGAAGCUCAAGGGCAAUGUUCUUUCUCAAGAACUUGUAGUCCGGAGCAAAGUGAAACAGACCGUGAAUGACAUCGAGUUCAAGGGUGAUGUUGAUCACCAAAAACUGAAAGAACCAAGUCAGAAAAAGGCGCGUUACGAAGUUACGAAAGGUCAUAAGUUGUCAGAUGAAGAAAAGAGGCUGAGGAACGCAUUUAGGGCCAAGGAGUGGAGGAAGAAACGAAAAUUGUUGUUGAUGCAAGGGAAAGCCGACCCGAGUAUCCAAAGUCCUAAUAAGAGAAGAAAGCUCAUUUCGGGGGAGGAAGUUCCCCUUGAAUGUACUGUGGGAGGGUCCACUCUCGAGAAAACGAUUGAAGGCGUCGUUAGGUUUAAAGCAGAGGAGGUUUGCAAGUCCAGUGAUGCAGUAACAGAGUUCGAAAUUAAGGCUGAUUUUCCUUGCAUUGUUAAUGGGGAACAUGCUAGGUCUGCUUCAGACACAACUAUUGCUGAAGAACCUAAAAGAAAACGAGGAAGACCGUCGAAGACGAAAGGCAAGAAGAAGAGUCUGGAAAGAGAAGACUGGAAAUUAAAUCAAAAGGGACAAGUUGGUGUUAGAAAUCGAACAACGUUUAGCUGUGGUGCAGGGGAUACAGAGAAAAACAAUCAAAGUCGCAUUUUAAAACACACGUCAGAAGUCACUGAUGGGCCAACCCAGGGUGAUGUGUUCAGUUUUAAGUCCGAUAGCUCUGUCGAAGGCGAGUCCACUGAUGCUUUCUCAACGAACUUCGUGCAUACGGUGACGACAGAAUCGUCCACCCAGACAAGAAAGAAGAAGGGAACGAAUUCUCGCAUUGCGAUACUUAACAAGAAAGCGAAGUACUCGAGAGAGGUGAGGAAUCGAUUAAAGGUCAUGAACAGUUCAAAGGACGAUUGGGUUGCUUCUGCAGGCGAAUGCUCCGAGUGUCCUAGUUCGGAACCUAGAGUCCUGGCCAUCAAACGGGAUCAGAUCAAGCGCGGUAGAGGUCGUCCUAGGAAGGAUUCAAUGGACUGUACUCUCUCACCAUCUUUUGAGAACGCCACCAUGUCUCUACAGAACAGUUUGCCGAAGGUUCUUGAUGUGGACAAGGAUAAGGGUACUCAAUCUGACUUGACGAAUGUGAUUGGGAAACGCAGGAAUGAGUUGCUGGGUCAUUCUGAUGUUAAUUCUCUAAUGGUGUCCCCUGCAAGUGCAAUGAGUGUGCCUAUUCCCCCUGAGAGUCUAACAAAAUCAAAAAUAAAAGACACUGAACUUAGUUCACCAGGUCCUACUAAACACACACAAGGUUGCACAAUUGCUAAUGCAUUUGAGUAUCACGUAGAACUAAGCCCAAUUCCGAACACUGAUAUUGCUGCAAAAGGCAAAAAGAAGUAUCUCAAUAAGUCAGAACCCGCCCCAUUCGAUAUGAAUUCAAAUAUCGUUAGUAAUACUGAGGACACUAGCAAAAGCAUGAAUAUUUCUCAACCAGCACAAAAAGUUCAAGUCAAGCGUGGUAGGGGCCGACCGAGAAAAAAUUCACUGGAUGGUGUGCCUUUAGCGUCUUCUCGCGUUAGCAGUACGAUGAAUGAACCUGUCACUAUCACGGUACUAAAGGAUCAAUCGAAAAGCAUAACGGGUCAGAAUUCUUGGAAACAGAACUCUUUAUCAGCCAAAGAAACCAACAGUAAGGACUCCGUUAGGGUUGUGCCGGAUGCUGAUGACGAGGUAUCGCUUUCUGGUAAUUCAGGAGCGGUUUACCCCAAAAUACUCAUGGACAGUGCCGUUAUAUCGCCGAUGUGUCCUCAAAAGACCCAACCGAUGGCUGAAAAACGAAAACGUGGUCGACCUUUUGGGAGAUUUAAAAAGUGUGAGAAGAUCGAAGCAUCUAACAGCCCUGACAUUACGGAUGUAUCUGCGCAGCUGACUCAAGUCGAUGAAGCUAAACAGCAGGUCGACGCCGUUGAUGAAAAUCAUCUCUGGGGAAAGGAGGAUUUGACAGUCGACGCGUCCUUUGAAGAAGAGCCUGUCCAAAGCUAUGAGAUGUCUAUGAACGAAUCGGAUGAUUUCUACCUUUCCAUGAGUGUGACAAGUCCCCCGAUGUCUCCGGUACAGAAACGCACACCGGCUCCUGUCCAACCGAAUCCCUGCACGAAAGGUAAAGCUAGCAACAACUCCGAGAAGGAAACUGCAGUUUCCGAAGUACCUGUACAUGUUCCAGCCCCUCCAGUGCUUACUCCGGAAGACCAUGCCUACAAGUUGAAAGUGCUAAUGGACAAGUUGAAAUCGCAAAAUGAAGAACUGGACAAGCUACGCGCUCAGCAGAAAUAGGCUCACAUGUAUCCUUUUUUGAUAACCCGAUAGGGUGACUGAGUUGUAUGUACAUUGAUUACGUGUGGCCCGCUGCUUAUUAGGAUGGACAUGACCGAUGGCAGUGACUAAAGACACACAAAUGCUUUGAAAAUAGUAUGUACAAAAUUAAUAUUAUAAUUUCGUCUCGGUGUACACAAUAGUACUGUCGACAUUAUUAUAUCCAUUGCGUACAUGUAUUAACACUACUAAUAUUUUUUUACUAAAAAUUUAAAAUUUUGAACGAAUCUGUCCCUUAAAUAAUAAAACUAAUAUUCUGGCAUGCAUGAGGUAGUGAUUACCGUAUGCCUCCAGUCAUGAUUUCGAAAAAUACAAGCUGCGGUUUAAAAAAGUGUGUGCUAAAAUAUUAACGGCCGUUGAUGUACAUUGCUCCGGUUUGUUUUCAUAUGAAAUGUGAGUCAACGAUAAGCAGCAUGGGUGCAUAUCAUGAGCGAGUUCACUUGGGAGGGUAAUCAUGUCAUAAUGUGUUCCUAGCGUAACCACUUGCACUGAAUAGCGGCACAACUUGAAAUAUAGUUUUGAGAACUCGUUAAUACAUAAUGUAAUGGCAGUUGUAUAUGCACAGUAGAGUUGGUGUCUCACCUUAUGUAUUGAUUCGGAGAUACAGUGGUUUGAUUUUUGGACUUGAUAAUAAUGUCCGAGAUAAUUCGACAAGUGACAACUAUAAUUAUGGCCUGAUUACAUUACAUUACAUUCAUUAUGAUACUGUACAUGUACUAGUUUGCUUUUGUUGUAGUUCGAGGUUGUUUUUCAGUUUUGCAUUGUAUCGUUUAAACGUAGGAGUGUAAUGGAGACCGAGCCAGGCUGACACUGACGAUGGUAAUAGAGUUUCUCUGUUUUGGGGCGGUGCAGAUUCAUUCGAUAAGUUCGUAGACUGUAUCUGGACAUUCGUCCUCCCAGAACAAGAAUACACACAGAAACGCUGUAAACUUCAUUGUGUCGGUCCGGCAUUAAGUGAAAUUUUAGUUGGUGAAAACCAUUUUUGUCAUUACUUUUAGAUAUUACUUGUAAUUUUGUGUACGUACAUGUCGCAGUUAUAUUCGUAUACGGGUACUUUUAGUGUAACAGAUUUAUUCAGAAGUUGCAACAAACCUGUUCAUUGUAUUUUCUCUCGCUUUGGAGUGAUUUGUUCCCUGAAGACCUGGAAGAAAUGUUGAUUCAGGUGUGCAGAAAAAAGCGUUAAAUCCACCGAAAAAGAUAGUCUAGAUGCAAAAAUGUUCAGACUGAGGAAUGCUGUGGCCAUGACGGAGUGACGUAACUUGACGAAACCGACGGUCACCGCCUGAUAGUUCCCCAUCGUUCAAAGUCAUCCCAUUUGACCAAUAUGUAAAAUUCCAUGUCUGAAUCGAAGCUUUUACUCUGUACUCGUAACUGUAGUAACCCAUGAUGGCGAUGGGUAUGGUAUGAAAGAUGUUGUUUUAUACACGGAUAGGCCCUUGCAUUUUGUAAUUCGCAUUAUUUUUAUGUCGAUGAUAGGUUGUAUCUUAUCAAGUGUGCUUUUAUUUUAGAAGUAUCCGAAAUCGAAACGGGCAGUUUCGAUCAAACUCGUUGUAUUGUUGUUUAUUUUGUCCCAAAGCUGGAUAUUAGUUGUCAAUGAGCCCAGUUCAUUCAUAAAACAUAUUGUAUUAGACAGUGAGCUCGCCUUACAUGUAUAUAUUUUUGAUAAUACAUGUAUCAAUUGAGUAGUCCCUGAGUAAAAAAAGAAAGUGGAUAAUUUUGAAAAAAAAAAUCUACCCGUCCUCUUUUCUUUUUCUGGAGCCUUUCGUGUUACCAAGAUCAAUGCGAGAAAAAUUCGCGGGAAUCAGACCGUCAACUUUAUGAAGGGUCUGCCCUUGGACGUUGAAUGACUAAGAAAGCAAAGCUGUUGUCAUCCUGAAGAUGUGUAUUGGUAGCUGUAAUCAAGUGGUUGUAUUUGCUGAUAUGUCCCUUUUGUGACCUCUUGUUCAUUUGAUUGUUGUACAUGGUGGGUAGUGAUACCGGCGUAGCAUAUGCAAGUGUUUUGUUUAUCUGUGUUUCCCUUCAAUAGAACUGACCGUUCAUUCAGUGCCUGCAAAAAACGGAGGAGGCCAUUUGAAAAUGUUAGCGUCAUUUUGGACGGGCGGAAUUGAUGAUGUAUGAAAAAAAGAAUAUUAUCAGUAUAUAUUGCGGCGAAAUUUUAAUUCGUACUUACUGAAUGAAGAGUCUCAAAGGAAAGCAUGGUGACACUGGCAGAUGUUACCAAGGGUUUGCCAAAUAUCUAAGUGAUGUCACGUACAUGCAGUCGAAACGGACACACAAUUGACACUCCAACUUCUCAUCGAGGACCACGCAUUGCCUUGUUUUCUGCGGUCCCUGACAAUAGAAUAGUAGGGUCCGUGUUACCAGAAGGAUCUACUUUUAUUUCAACUAUAUGUAAAUUCAUGAAAUGACUGUUUUCUGGUAUAACCCACUUGCCGGCAAGAUUUCCUCGGCUACGUGAUCUCGCCUUUCUCCGGGGUGAUUCUGCGCGUGGUGUCGUCACUUUCAGCGUUGAUUAGCAGGAUAUCGUUAUCUACCAUGUUGCACAUGUAUAUGUAUAUACAUUUAUUGAGAUAUAUUUUUCUACAAGGUGUAGCACUGCUUGGGUUUUACGGUACCAAAGAGGUCAGUUAAUGUUUUGGCAGAUUGGGUACAGUGUGGUUACACAUUAAAACGCAAUUUUGAGUCUAUCACGGAAAGUUAUGUUGCGCUUCAUUGUUUUUCUGAUGCUUUUGAUAAUAACAAGCUGAACAUUGCCAGUCAAUUGCCGACCAAGGCUAUGACAUCUUCAUUGUGGACAAGCAGCUAGUGGCCAUACUGACAGGAAGACACGGUAAUCCUGGCUUGUGAAUAUCAGGAUAAUACGACCAGGGAUUGCUGGAGGUUAAAGAACUGUAACAUGCCUUGCACAGUGUAGCCUACAAUGUUUAGUUCAUCGGCAAAUGAAAUUUCAUAGAUGAACGUAGAAGUUAGAAAUACAUCACACAGUCAUUUUUUACAGGUAUUUCAUAUUGAAUUGACCACCUACAGUACUGCUCAAAUUAAAGUUGAUAAUUUGUAAAA